ACGACGUGCGACGACGUAUUCAGACGUCAAUUUGUAUACCUACUCAAACCAAAAUGCCUUGCUGCAAAGUGACAAUUAGUAAGAACCGCAACUGCGACAUGAAAUGUGAUAAGGUGGGAUGCUUUUGCAUUCCAACUGAUGGGAAAACUUGCAUCUGCGUGUUUCUGGACGCGAAGGACAACAUCGUCCGAUGUGACAACUGUAAGUGUGACAAGAAUUCCUGCAAGUGCGACGAAUCCGCAUGCGAAUCUGUGGAAAGAAAUUGCAUAUGCAUUCCCACCGGAGGAGCUGAUUGCAUUUGUGUGUGCCGUGUCGAUGGAAAAUUCAUACGCUGCGACGAUUGCUCAUGUUUGCCUGAAACUUCCUAUGUAGUUGCAAAAGCUGCACAAUGUAGCGAAGCUGAAUGCAAAUGCAUUCCAACGGAGGGUAAAAAUUGCAUACGUGUGAGCAAAAAUUCUAAAGGCGAGUUAAUACGUUGCGAUGACUGUAAAUGUACAAAUGCUUCAAAGGAUUGCAAUAAGUCAGGAUGCGUAUGCAUUCCUACCGGAGGAGCUGAAUGCAUUUGCGUAUGCUGCGAUGGAAAAGGUGGAUUUAAACGCUGCGACGACUGCGUUUGUACUUCAGACCCUAAAGAAGCAUCUGGAGAAUGUAACAAAGUUGGCUGUGUAUGCAUUCCAACUAAUGGAAAGGACUGCAUUUGUAUUUGUCUAAAUGCAGACGGAAAUAUAAUACGUUGCGAUGACUGUGAAUGCACAGAUGUUGCUGAGAAAUGCAUUAAUUCAGGUUGUGUAUGCAUUCCUACUGGAGGAGCUGAAUGCAUUUGCGUAUGCCGCGAUGGAAAAGGUGGAUUUAAGAGUUGUGACGACUGCGUUUGUACUUCAGACCCUAAAAAAGCAUCUGGAGAAUGUAACAAAGUUGGCUGUGUAUGCAUUCCAACUAAUGGAAAGGACUGCAUUUGUAUUUGUCUAAAUGCAGACGGAAAUAUAAAACGUUGCGAUGACUGUGAAUGCACAGAUGUUGCUGAGAAAUGCAUUAAUUCAGGUUGUGUAUGCAUUCCUACUGGAGGAGCUGAAUGCAUUUGCGUAUGCUGCGAUGGAAAAGGUGGAUUUAAACGCUGCGACGACUGCGUUUGUACUUCAGACCCUAAAGAAGCAUCUGGAGAAUGUAACAAAGAUGGCUGUGUAUGCAUUCCAACUGAUGGGAAGGACUGCAUUUGUAUUUGUCUAAAUGCAGACGGAAAUAUAAAACGUUGCGAUGACUGUAAAUGCACUGAUGCCCCAAAGGAUUGCAAAAGUUCUGGAUGCGUAUGUAUUAAAACUGGUGGCGCUAAAUGUAUUUGUGUAUGCUGGGAUGGCAAAGAUGGGUUAAAGCUCUGCGAUGAUUGUACCUGCAGCAAUGAUGGAGAAGUCCAAAGAGAACAAGAUGGAGCAUGUCGACAAUCUUCAACUCAUGGCAAAUGUUGCUAAUUUUAAUAAAACAAAAAAUCCGACAAUCCAUAAAAAAUACUUGGUAGCAAUGUCUAUUUUACUGUUUUUAAUAGUAUAUUAUAACAUUUAUAUUGAUUA